AUGAUCCCAGCUGUUCCACGAGGACCAAUCCUAGAGAUUGCUUGUUUCAAUGAAGCAUCAGCCAUGAUUGCUGCAGGAGCGGGAGCAGACCGUAUCGAGUUAUGCAAAGACUACCAUCUCGGUGGGCUAUCGGCCGAUAAAGAUAUUCUCGAAAAAUUGAAAUCGCAGCUCACACUACCGAUCUACACGAUGCUUCGCCCACACGCCGAAGGAUUCUGUUACGAAGAAUUUGACUUUGAGGUGAUGAAGCAAACACUCAAUUCUCUCAAGUCCUGUGGGGCUGACGGUUUCGUCUUCGGGAUUUUGAAUCGAUCUUCACAAAAGCCUUGUGAUCCGAAUGUGCCGUGGGUCGAUGUAUCCCGUAACAAGCAGCUUGUCCAACUAGCUGACGGGCGCCCCUGCACAUUUCAUCGUGCUUUUGAUGUCAUUCCUGAAUCUCAUUGGGAGAACGCAUUGUCCGAUAUCAUGGAGUGUGGCUUUACAUCGAUUUUAACCAAUGGUGGUGCUUCAGGAACACGGGCCAUGGAAUGCGUUGACAAGCUGAAAACUCUAGUACGUUAUAGAAUGAAACUUCAGAGCAACAGAGUUCCAGAAAUCAUUGUUGGAGGUGGUGUGAGGGCAUCGAACAUAGGCUUGCUUCACAACAUUACCGGUGCCUCAGCCUUCCAUUCAGCGGCUCUUUUAGUCACGGAAGAGGUGGCAUCGGCAACUGAGGUGUUUAAAAUGAAGGAUGAGAUAACGCGGGCGAAAUAA